AUGGAACCGCCUUCUCACGCUCUUCCCGCUCUCCAGGUCGCGCGCUCGCCGUCCGCCGUCGCUCACAGGCGCCAUCCCGGCCACCACAACCGCCACAACCCACGAAACGACAGCCUGGUGCUUAGCGAGUCUCGGAGUCUCGGAGUCAAUGUCAAAGCUCCCAGGUGCCAUGUCUUCUUCUUUCAGGGCUUGAACUGUUUGGAACAGCUUGGGCUGCGUGUGGGCCUCGCCAAACCGUGGCGUCAACGAAGGGGGACCUCCAACUCAACCCAAGGCCGCCGUGUGGCUGCUGCGGGUCUCGCAAUCUGGGACCUUCUCGACUCCAUCAUGUCCCAUAUCUCUAAUUACGGAGCCCGGACAACCCCAGUUGUUGGUCUCGGGACAUCCGCUCGCGGUAGGUGUGGCCUGUCGAGUCUUGGAGAUGGUUCCAGAUUGCACACUCGCUCUAUCGACCUACUAGUAUCACGUCCUGGCAGCUCCACGUCUCCCCGAUUUGGCCACUGGCCCGAAAGCUGCAGCAUGAUAGCCUCCAGAUGUCCCACGCCCUGGCCGCGUGUAGUCUGUGUGCACGGCCAACGGCUGGGCGAGAGCACGCAGGGGAGGCAGGUCACCAGCGUCAAUGAUCUGCAUCAAGACUGGUGGCGCCCACCAGCCGAGACCGUCACAGCUGGGGUCGCGUGGUUUCUUUCAUCACCUUUCCAAGACUCUGAAAGAGCCUAUCCAAACGUUAACCAACACCAGGCUGUGGACUCUGUGAGCAUGGAAUCAUUCUGUCCCCGCAUUGUGCUUCCAAGAUGGCUGCCACCUGAAGCGCUCAGGCGGUUCAUGACAAACUUUAAAUUAACAUUAUCAGCCUAUGUCCCGAGGUGA